GCAGUCUCCCGCCGCCCGCGAGCCUUCUCGAGCUCCUGACUUCCUAGCAGCGCGUUAGCCACCGUGGACGACUCUGCGUCUUUUGAUGGGCAGGUGAGGAGUCUUCCGGCGCGUGUCAACGACUCUCGCGGCUACAGCGUCCGGACGCGUUCUCUCCCUCGCCGAUGUUCAUGCAGUGCACAAUGUCAGCCAUCGUCAACCGUCAGUUGGAGAGACUGUCGGAACUCGGAGGAUGACACUGCAGUCUCCUCUUGACUGAUGGUUCUCACUCGGUAUAUAUGAACUGCUGAGGAUGCGAGUCGAAAAUAUAGUACAUUACGGUAAUAAAGAGCGGCAUCCACCUGCGACUUUUCACUCGCUCGCCGCACUCUCUGCAUUGAGCCUAUACAGCCGCACUUACUUAUUACUCAAGGGGACACAGCUCGCGAUUUAACCGCGAGGCGACCACGUGCAUUCUAAACUGGACUCGAGGCUCCCCGGCAAACAGAACGUCCCAAGAGCUCUACCAUAAUACGAACAGCCGGCGCUUCUACCGCCAAUAGAGGAUUUGUACUGGUGAUAACGAUGGCUGGAGCCACGCUUCUGAAAAUCGAGUGCGAGACCAAGUGUAUUUAAAUGUCUGAAGCGUUUAAGGGUAAUUAAUUAUUAAUGUACCUUAUAAAAGAACAAUAUCAGUAGAAAUGAACAGACAAUAUGUAUCCGUAAAGGAUUACUAUAAACCCCACUUAUAAGCACAUUAUGAAAGGAAUCAAUCACAGGUAUGACUUUAUUUUAAAAUUUCAAUCAAUAUGCGAAUACACGUAUAUUUUAUUUGAGAGGGUAGCAUUUCGAUUUCAUGGCUUCCAAUGCUAGUAUAUAGAGCCAGGAUUAGGAAAGACAACACUUCUGGUCUAUGGAGUGGUUACAGACAAUAACGUACAAUAGAUAUUAUGCAAAUUUUCUAUUUUGUGCAAUUAUGCCCUGUUUCUUACACAUCCGAUCUUAAAAGACUUAUUCAUAAUCGAAUCAGCAAUCGUUGCUAGCACGUAAUCAAUGCCUGAUUCUACUGCAUCUAGUACAAUAGAUGAACCAAGGUAAAAGUGCAUCCUCAAAUACCGUGGUAAAAAAUCACGGGCGCAGCCUCAGUCGCACGCAACUCUCUUCGCAGAACGCUGCACGCGUGCCUGCUCUCCUCGACCUUGAACCGCGAGUCGGGCAUCUCACCUGAGCCAGUGCUGUAAAAAGAGCUCCACACUCGUGCAGCCAGUGUACCUACACACGACACCGAGAUACAUAUACACAAGUACAAGACAAGCCCCGGCGGGCGGACAUACUGGCGGGCGGGCUCUCCUCACGCGCUCUGCUCUGCUCUCUCUCUCUCUCUCUCAAAGGCAUCAGGCUCCUAGCCCGUAUAUGUCCCGGGUGCAUGUACUGCAGACAAUUACGUGCGUUACGUCACGAGUCAUGAAGCGCAAGUACGCGAGAGAGACAGAGCUACAGCGCUGCGGGACGGCAAGCCUCUUAUCGCCACUUUUAUUUCGUCCCCCUCUUCGUUGCUGGUUAGCUACUUAUGUAUACGACUGUAUGUAUGUGUGUGGAGGGGAUUGGCGGCACAGGUAAUGCGCAAUUACGAUAUUGCGAGGAUACUUGCCUGGAGCACGUUGACUUUUAUUUUCAAGAGAUUUGAUCGCUAGCUGUUCGGGAUGAUUGCGCUGUUUAAUGAGUUUGCGAUUGAUGGAUGGGCUUGCAGUUAGCUUCGCUGAUUUGCUGUUAAUUAUAAUUAUCUGCUUACCGAGUAUGAUUAUCAUUCAAAUAAUAUACUACUGUAUAUCAAGAAGAUUCAUUAGCACGGACUGAUUUAAAGUUUCAUCAAAGAAUCGCUUUUAAUUUUACUAUAGUAAUUAGAACAAAACUAAUAAUAAUCUAACGAUGUAUUUACUCAAUGCAUUAUGAAAUUGCAAAUUAUGCCCGUGUCGCGAUUAUAAAAUUUAUUCCAGCUCAACCGUUGAAGCAUAUCAUUAUCAACAAAAUAGUAUCCUAAACAAUGAAUUUCCCGAUUAUACGCGUACAGUUGCGACGAAGAGUUCGAGCAGACGUCGUGGUAGUGGCGGUACUCACUUUAUUGAGAUAGUAGUGUAGAAACAUAUUUCGACAUACCAGGAACUCAUGAGCGCCCUUUUUCGAGUAUCGCUAUGUACGGACGUAUAUUUAUAACCGUCACACGUCACCCAUAAGCGUCUCCAAGAUAAGGGAAGCAAAGCCGGGCUAGAGGUACUUUUCGACAAUGCUCGCGCGAUCUUUUUCUCACUGAACACCUAUAAGUAUAUUAGACUCUAAAUACGAUUUCACAUUCAUUCCGUGCACACUUUAUCAGCAUCAAACAAAUCAUCCCAGAUAACUCGCGCUUAAUCCAUCCGAAAUCCGUCGCAGUAGCUGAAUAAAGAAGAACAGAGCGUCAAACUCCUAUCUAUGCAAAGUCGUCGCCGGCGCAGCUGGAAAAAAGCGCGCACUCGCGAAUUUAAAACCAGCGCGAAAAAGUCUUCCAGCACAUCCCGGGGCGCGCAUUCAAGCCGUCACAAGCCAGAGGCCGCUCCGGAAACGCGAUAUGCCAGGCCAUAAGCCGCAAAGCGCGCACCUGUGUGCAGCAGCAGCAGCAGCGCUAAUCGUCCGCUAUCUCGCGGCUCAUUAGGGCCGAGCUUCGUCUCCACCAUUAGCCAUGCAAAUGGCUCGCGCAUAUACGCGCGCGUAAGAGCCGUUGCCGCAGUAGUGCAUCUCUUGUCCAGCUAGCCUCUCUCUGUAAUUUCGCUCGUCCCAGCUCCGAUUCUCUCGCCUCCUCGUCGUCCUUUGAAGUCCGAAACUGGCCAUUACUUCUCGCGUGCGCUGCACCGGAGAGAUGUGCAGCGGCGGCGGUGGUGGCGAAUCGUCGAAAUAGGAUUUGUCGAAUAAGAGCGUUUUGCUUGCUCUAUGGGGCUCGCGUUGCAGUUGGAUGCGCCGGCCGCGAUAUCGCGUGUUCGGAAUUACGUUAUCGGCUUGGCUUCUCGUUGGAACUAUUGUGUGCGGAGUAGCGACGCGGCGCCGUUGUUUCGAAAUUGCCGGCCUGUGCGCGAAUUUUGGAGUUUUGAGCGCUGCAGAGAAAGUAUAUAACGUAGAUUUGAGUAUGUGGGCUACUGCGGGAUUGUUUUUUCGCGGGGGUGUGUGUGCAGGAGCAGAGAAGUUCGCAAACAAGCCGCAUGAAUCAUUUUACUGCUGUUCUCGCGAUUUAUGGAGCUAGUUUAAAUGAGGCGACGGGAAUUUUAAUUUUUAAACUUUAAAUUUAUGCGCUGUGGGGUAGAGCUUUAUUGUACGAGUGCGUGAUAUAAAAAAAUUCCGAGCGAGCGCACUGUAUAAUUCGCUGAUUACGAAUUCAAAAAAUAUCGCGCAGUCCGCGAGAAUCAUAGCUAAGCGUGUAACCGAAAGUUUUACUUUCCAAAGAAUUUUCAUCGAAAAUUUAAGAGCGCAACUUUUUGAAUUCGUAUAUGCGGCUCCCCUCUCCCUCGCAUCUCUGCGUUCCCCUUUCUCCACUCGCGCGCACACACACACACACACACACACACACACACACAAGCUCUCGCUCUUUCUCCCAGCCUCCGCAGCAGCAGCGGCAGCAACACCAGCGCGACGUCCUGCACUCCUGUCCCGAAAUCCGCCGCGGCACUCUCGCAGCAUCCCGCGCGCGCGCGCUCUCUCUCUCUCUUUCUCUCGUUUUUUCAUCCCCCGAGUCAUCGUCAUCGUCAGUCGGACGUGAGAGCGGAGGGUAUAUGGCUGUACACACAGGUGAGACACAAUGCACGCACAGGUGCAGCGCGACGCGUCUCGAUACAGCGCGAGUGUGCGUCUAUGUUUAGCCGUAGAGUUGGGAGAGAUGGAUUCCGUGUGCGUCGCGAGAGAGAGAGAGAGAGAGAAAGAGAGAGAGAGGCGGGUUUGGCCCGGGCCAAAUAGCCCAUCAAUCAUCGGCGAAUUUCGGCAACGCGCCGGACAACGCCGGCGGCAGGGAACCAUCAGCCACGUAGAGUUCUCUCUAGACCACUCUCUCUUUCUCUCUCGGAAUCUCUCUCUCUCUCUCUCUCUCUCUCUCUCUCUCUCUCUCUCUCUUUCACACAAACACAUGUACGCCGAGUGAGAGUAUACCGUAGGAGGAGGAGGAGGAGGUGGUGGUGAAGCCAGGGGGGGGAUAAGCGAGCUCUGUCUCUUUCUCUCUGCAGCCGCGUUCGAUAUAUAUAGCACGACUGCCGAAAAGUGCUUUCGCCGCGGCGGUGUAUGCCACCUCCUGGUGCGCGGAGAGCCGUGGACUUUUCGGCUGACACGACGGCCGCUGCGAGGUGAGCCUGAUGAUGCCGAUGACGCCGACGAUGAUUCGGUGGGGGUCGAUUAGAAUCAUCGUCGGGGAAAGGGAGAGAGUGCGGGAGAGAGAGAGAGAGAGUCGCCGGUAGGAAUACUUGCUGCGCGAGAUAGGCAGCGCAUUGUUUCCUAUUGCCCGAGUCAUCGAGCUAUGGGGGAUGCAUAGUUCGCGGCUGAAGCUCGCUCGAUGACUAGGGGGGAGCAGUCAUUGAGAUUUGGGAUUUCAUCAGAGGCUGUGCGAUGGUUCCGAGCUGUGUGUGCGGCUGGAUUUGAGGAGAAAGCAAGGUAUUGCUUUUGUUUGAGAGGGAGGUUGUGGAUUGGAUUCGAUGAUUUUUUUCGAGUUUGAUGACUCGGCUGCGAAAGGAAAGUUGCUUGUCAUUCUUUCGCUGAGUACAGCUUUCAACGUCUAUUUACGAUAAACAGUUUCUUUCGUGAUUUUUAGCUGUGGCCGCAGUCAUAACGAUUUACAGCGCGUUAUCAGCCAGUGACAAAGAUCAGCGAAUCUAAUCAAAGAUAAUGUCAAUUGAGAGCCUACUACAAUUUUUUUUUUUUAACUUUAUUUAGAAAAGCUCAGAGGUAACUUUAGAAAAAACGAAAAGCAACAUCUAAAACCCAUAUCUUACAGAAAGAUUAAACUCCGCAACGCAAUCGAACCCGCCUUCCGAUAAUCCAACCCGAGCAAAAAGAGCCUCGCGCCAAGUAUCUCAAUCUCUCGUAUAUCCCUCUCUCGAGACCCAAACACAUCGGCACUCUUACACAUACACAUCGUACAGAUACACACUGCCGCUUCGCUGCAUCAAUAGUGCUGUCUGCCUUAUCAAGGCCCCCCGUGACGCCCCUUUUUUCCCUCCCGCGGCGACUUUUACAUCUCUCCCUUUCCCCCGUCCGUUCUUUCUCCCUCUCUUUGUAUAUACAUACACACACGUAAACACAAAGCGCUCGGCCGCGACAGCCUCUUCGCGGCUCUGCUAGCCGUUGCCACAGCAACAUGCGGGCCGCUUUAUUAACGACAAUUAACAUUCCGAAUUUUACGAUAAACGCGCCGCCCGCUGCUGCGAAAAACACGCUCCGGACGUGCCGACACACAAGUAUAGAGAACGGAUACAGUCUUGCUCCGCGCGCGCGGAUGACGCCGAACCUGUGUUUGAUAUCGCCUGAGUGAGAGAGAACGGGCCACUUGGCCUGAGUAUAUAGCACGUGGGUGAGAAAAGUUUCCGCGUGAGCUUUGCCGAAAGAACGCUUUUUUUAAUCUCAAUUUAUACGUAUUGUUGAUCGUUCGAAAUCUGCGGUUUCGGCUAAAGAUAAGAGAUAUAAUACUCGUGAUAACGCUCGGGUGUAUGUUAAGGCAUUAAUUGCACUGCGCGCAUCGAGUGCAGCCGUACGACUGCACAUUCUCUCGCGUCUCAAUAGCGCUCCUCGACUGCCGCUUUUUUCCGCUCCGGCGAUAAGUGCCCGCUUGCGUCUAUAUACAUAGGUAUAUAUCGAGGGAUGUAGCGGGGGCGGCGGCGAGUGUGCGCGUGUACGUGCACUGAAAAAAAAGCUUAUUGCAUUUAAGUAUGCAUAUUUUUUAAAAAUUGGAUUUUUUAAAAGUAAAAAAUAUUUAUUUGUUUUCAAUACCGAAAUUUUAAUAUUAGUAAAUAUUUUCUUCAGUUUACUUGAUUUUUCCGCCAAAAAUAAUGUAUUGAAAUCAAGCAUAGAUUUACUUAAGAUAAAUAUACUUUUCUUAAAUAUAAUAAAUGACUUUUUAAAAUCCAUAAGACCAAUUUACUAAAAUGCAUUCAAUAACUACUUAGUAAAUGAUUUACUUAAAUUGUAUGGCGAAUGUUUUGAAUUUAAUAAAUAUAUUUUUAACAUUGACAAAUUUGUAAUUAAAAAAUAAUUAGUAAAAAUUAGUAAAUUUUUUAUUAUAGUAAAUAUUUAUUUUUUCUGUUGCAACAAAAUAUUUUUUAGGGCAAAGCAUUUUAACUUUAAAAUAUGCAUUUUUAUAAAUACUAUUAUGCAAAUAAAUAUUUACUUGAUCAUAAGAAAUAUUUGUUAUCGUAAAGAAAAUAAAUUUUUGAAUAAUUAAGAUGUUACAGCCAAAAUAUUUAUUUGUUUUUAACAAAUAUUCAACUUGAUGUAAGUUAAAAUUUAUUGUUAACCAAACACAGUUAUUUCUUUUUUUUCAACAUUUUUUUAUGAAAUCUAAUAUUGGAAUUUAAACAAUAUUUUUUUAAUUUAUCAUUCGAAAGCACUUGAUAUACUUGGUAGAAGUAAAUAUUUAUUUGCUUAAUCAUACUAAUUAAAUUAAAAAAUUAUUCUGUUUUAAUAAUCGGACACGGAAUUUCUGUUAUGUCACAUUCGCGGAACUGUUAUCACAACAACCGCAAUCGUUCCAUGCUCAUCUCGCUUGCAAGGUAUACAUGUACCGGGUGGUACUUAUGUAGGUACCUUUAACUUCGCACGCAUGUAUACAUUCGCCGCUUAUGUCUGACGACGAACGAGAAAUAUUGCUAUUGGCUGCUGCAAAUCUCGCCAGCCAAUCACUGUCCGUGCCGUACUCGAUGACGCAGCAUGAGCGAGACGCCGUAGCCGGAUGAACAGUCGCUAGGUAGCAACCGCCAACGGCGCCGAACACGUUGCCGCGGAUUCGCCUUAUUCGCUCGGCUCGUCGAGACUUUACCGCCAACGUCGCCGAACACAAAGAUGGUUACCGACCUGCUAGUUGCUCACGCGUGCAAAGGCUUUUUAUAUUUUGCCGAGUAACAACGCUUUACGAAAGGACAGAAAUACCGAGAACGUAUUGGAGGCGCCAAUCAUAGGAACAAAGGAACCAUGGCGGACGAAGAGGUUAUUAAAAUAUUGGACGAUUUAGGGCUGGAAGAUUUGGUGGAAACUUUCAAACAUAACAAGAUAACUAUGGGUAUCUUACCAAAAAUGAAUGAAACUUUAAUAAACGCCUUGAUACCAGCCAUAGGUGAUCGAGCUGUAUUUCUCGAUUUUUGGAAUAAGAAUUUUAAUAAAAAUCAGUCUAAUGAAGGUAGCAGUGAAAAAGCAAGUAAAAAAAGGAAAGAACGAAAUCAUGAUAAUGCUAGUAGCUCAGGUCCUCCAGCUAAAAAGGUUUCCAACGAAGAAAAUAAUAGCAUCGUUAUAAACAAACCUUUAAGCAACAGCGUUUUUGCUGUAGAAACAAUGAAACCUUUGGAUACCUUGUUUGAAGAAAGUGAUUUAGGUAGACAAGUAGUUCGAAAAUAUGAACUCAAGAAUGAGCUAGAGAAUAGCGACAGAAGUAAGGUUUGCAAUGUCAUUAUCACUGACUUAGUCAAUAGAAAAAUAAGGUUGAGGAACGAAACUGCAGCAGUUCUUGCUAAGAUGAUUGUAAAAAAAUUUCCUACAGAAGUAGAGUCAGUAUAUUACAGACCCCCUGUUUCCAAAAUUAAAAACGUAACAAAAUCAGGUGGUCAAAAUCGAUCAAAACCAUCAGGUGGAAAAUUAAUGAGUAUGUUUAGAAACAGAAAACACGAAGAAACGAAAUUAUCCAAAUUAUUACUCAAAGAAAAGGAUGAUAAAGAUAAGAUAACGCAGACUGCUAAUGAAUCUAAUGAUCAAGCUUCAAUUCAAGAAAGUGUGGAUUGGUUAUCCGUUAAUGUUGUACCAUGGGAACUCGUAAUUGAGCAUUGGAAAAAAACCUGCAAAAUACGUUGCGACGAGUUUAAAAACUCAAAAGAUAAAAAUUUAACCAAUUUUUAUAAAUCCUGGAAAUUAUACGAGCAUGUCCAAGGAUAUGAAUUGAUAAGUAUUGAUUUUGAGUACUUGAAGCUCACAAAAAUGUUAUUAAAUAUAGAACUUUGGAAAAAGUUCUUUGACAUUUUGAGAAAAAAUUCGCAAGUGAAUCAAAGAGAUUCAACCGCUGUCAGCUUGGAACAAAAACUUGCUUCUAAGAAUAUCUCUGAAAAUGCGAUGGUGCUUAUGAGUUUAAGUUUAAUUGCGCACUUGUACCCACCUAAGCAAAUGAAGAAGAUCAACAAAGAAUCCUUCAGGCCAUCGAUAGGACUUUCAAAAGAGAGCAUUUUUAAGAUAGCAAGUACCCCUAGUGAUAUGCUACUGGUGAAAGAAAAAGCUAGAGUGUAUGCAUCUGAGCGUAAAAUGCCUCUUCAACCGUAUAUAAUAAUUAUAGGAUCAGUUGAAGAUGUCCAGGAUACAUAUGUGUGUAUUGACGAGAGGUUAUAUAAAGUUAGAGGAGUACUACAUGCCUUAGAUACAUGCUUUAAAGCAUUCCAUGUUUUUGAUUUGGAGUAUCCAACAGCCAGUACUCAUUUGUGGUUAUUAAUCCAAAAAGGCAUCUAUCAAAUUCAUUUACCUUAUGAUCAAGAGAUAGCUUCCAUUCAACAUGGACCAAGCAAAUUAGUUGAUAAGAUGAGCACAAAGAAGCAUGCUGCUGAUGAUGAUUCCAAAGACGAAGAGGAUGAAGAAAAAAACGAAGAAGACAGUGACGACGAUACAGAAAGUGAAAACGACGACUCAUCUUAAAAAGUAAAUACUGUUUUUUUUUAUAAACGUCAUUUUUCAAAUCAAAAAAGUAUUUGUUUACUUUAAAUAUCUAAUGAUUAUAUGUGAUAUAAUCUUAAUUUAAAAUAAGAUAAGAUAAAAAACUUCGAAGUAUAGAAAUAUAAGACUGUACAAAAAAGUAUUUUAUAAUAUUAAGUGUUCAACAUGAUAUCUUGUGUGUUUUGCUCUGAUACAUUCGUAUCGCUUGAAAUUUUGAAAAUUCAUAUAAAAGUAAGUCACAACACACUACGGUACCUUGAAUGUCAAUGUAAUGUUGCAAAUUGUUCGUCUAAGUUUAGUAAUAUAUAUUCAUUGAUAAGGCAUUUAAAAGUUAAACAUGAUGUACCUGAAAGAAUCGAAAUUCAUGAGCAAGCUAUAAAUAACUUAAAUCACGAUUUAGUUAUACCUGAUGAUAUUCCUAAUGAGACUUAUGAUUCAAUCGAUUUCUCGGAUUUACAUUCCGUACAAGCUAAUGAAGUCCCACAAGAUAAAGUUAUUGACGUAACAGAAAAUGUUACAGUAGAAGAUUUCGCGAAUAAGGUUUUACAUUACGCUUUAACAUUUGUUACUCAGCUUUAUGCUUACGGUACUAUGAAUAGAAAAUUAACGAAUAAAAUAAUUUUUAAUAUGAGCACGAUGUAUAUUGCCCAAUGUAUGAACAUUUUAAUGGCAAAAUUUCAAAAUUUAACGGAAUUCUGUAAUAUGGCCAAAAUCAUAAAGAAUGGAUUCAAAAAAUUUAAAACUGAACAUUCAACGUUUGAGUUUCUUAAAAAAAUAGACUGUUAUUUUUCACCCAUACAAAUUGUAGUUAAAUCUUUUUUAAAAUAUGGAAAAAAGAAAAAAAGUACCGAAUUUUAGUAAAAAAAAAUACAAUAAGUGUGAUACCUAUCAAAUCAGUUCUAAAAAAAUUUUUAGAAUUGCCAAAUGUAUUCUCUACAAUUGUUAAUCAUAUUGAAAAGAUUAAACAAAGUCCACUUAUUGACUCAGUAAUAAAAGGAGAAUUUUGGAAAAACAUUUGUUUGAAUCAAGGAGAUAAAAUAGUUCUUCCAUUAAAUUUAUAUUUUGACGAUGUAGAAAUUAAUAAUCCAUUAGGUACACAUAAAACGAUCAACAAAAUUGGUGCAUCUUAUUUUUCAAUACCGGUUAUACCUAAUCAAUAUUCAAGUAAAUUAGAAAAUAUUUUCGUAUUUCAGUUGCACAAAUAUGACAACCACAAAACUCUAGGAAAUCAUAAAAUGUUUAAUAAAAUAAUAGAUGAAUUCGUUAACCUUGAAACAAAAGGAAUUUCGAUUAAUAUUAAUGGCACAGAAAAAAGAAUCUUUUUCAUUUUGACAUAUAUUGUUGGAGAUAACUUAGGACUCAACACGAUUCUUGGAUUUAAUAAAAGCUUUAACUCAUUAUACUGUUGUCGUAUUUGUAUUAUGCCUAAAUCUGAGUUAAGAAAACGCACUAAAGAGAAAAUGCAAUAUUUACGUGAAAAAUCUAACUAUUCUCAAUACUGUUCUGAAAAAAGUUUUGGUAUACUUGAAGAUUGCGCAUUUAACAGAAUUCCUAAUUAUCACGUUACACAAAAUUUUUCAGUAGACCCAAUGCAUGAUUUACUUGAAGGCAUAUGCCGAUACGAUAUUGCAAAAAUUCUUGAAGUUUUCUUGAUUACACACAAGUUUUUUACGAUUGAUGUUUUGAAUGAACGGAUAAACUGUUUUAACUAUGAUUCAAAUAACCUUCCACCUCCUUUAAAAAUGGAAGCAAUUAAGAAAAAAGAAAUUAUUUUAUCGGCUUCUGAAAUGCUAAAUUUUGUCCUUAAUUUAGGCUUGAUUAUCGGAGAUUUAAUACCCCGAAAAAAUAAAUAUUGGACUCUUUAUUUAAUGUUGCGAAAAAUUAUACUGAUAACAAUUGCUGAUGCCAUUACUACAGAGAUAAUCGAAGGUUUUGACACACUAGUUUUUAAAUAUUUAACAUUACAUCGGGGUUUGUUCAAAUGUACAUUCAAAUUCAAGCACCAUAAUUUACUUCAUUAUUCCCGUAUCAUGCGUAGAUUCGGCCCUUUAAAAUUCAUGUCCAGCAUUCGGUAUGAAGCAAAACAUAAACAGAUUAAAGAAACCAGUAAAGCUACAGCAAGUCGAAAAAAUCCUGCGCUUACUUUAGCUAUAAAACAACAGUUACAGUUUUGUCAUAGAUUAGUUAAAAAUAUUGGAUUUUCUGAUAAUAUAUCUUGUGGGACUUCAUUGCAUAAAUUAGAUAAAUCUAUUGAUUUUAAUAAGUUUAAAGAGUAUUUACCGCUAAGUUUUUCAAAUUUGUGUUUUUCAUGUAUCAAAAUUCAUGGAACAAGCUAUGAGCCAGAUAUGGUUUUAAAUAUCACUGCAAAUUAUUUAAAUAUUUCCUUUGCGAAAAUAAAAUAUUUAUUUUUGAUCAAUGAAAACGAGGUUUGUUUUAUUUACAAUAAAUUAAAGGAAGAUUUGAAUCCGCACGUUUGUGGUUACGAAGUAUCAGAAACCAAUGAAUGGGGGUUUCUAAAACACAAAGAUUUAAUAGAUUACCAUGCGUAUAAAGUGCAUAUUAUGUCCGACCAAAGAGGUUAUGUAUUAUCUUAUAGUAUGGAUACUUUUGUAAAAUUUUAAUAAAUUCUCAGUUAAGUUCAAUGUU